AUGGCGUCGUCAUCAUACAGCUCAGUCAGACAGCUGGUGUCUGACAAUUCAAAGGAAGAAUUUAUCGCAGCGGCAGAUAUAUUAAUUAAAUUUGCCAGGAAUAUAUUAGAAAACCCGGCUGAUAAAAAGUACAGAAGAAUUCGGAUUUCUAACCAAGUUAUUCAGAAUAAACUGCUGUCUGUAUCUGGGGGAAUGGAGUGCCUGUUCGAAAUGGGAUUUGAAGAGAUAGAGGAUGGUGAGUUUCUGAUGCUGCCCGUGGGUGCCAACUUACAAGUUCUUAAAACAAUUAAGGAAGAUUUAAAGCAAGAACAGGAAAAGUUGCUUGUGAAACCAGCCAGUAUACCUGCACAGGCCCAGCAUGCCUCAUUUGCUGCAGCAGUGAGACCAUCUAGUCAUGAUGUUACACAGACAACUAGACCAGCAGAACUGUUUGCAAGAUCAGAAGCUGAGUUUCAUGCACGCCUGAAGGAGGGAAUGAAACGAGUUCUGUCUUAUGAAAAUCCUGCUGUAAAGCGAAAGGCUCGAAGUAUUAUACCAGUUGAAAGCCUCGAGUUGGAGGCUAAGAGAAAUAUGGAAUCCAAUGCUGGUGCCAGUAAACCGUUAAACAUAAGAGAUUAUUUACUGCUGGCAUUGCUUAGCUGGUUUAAGAAAUCCUUCUUCCAUUGGGUGGAUACACUGCCCUGUUCUUUAUGUGGGGGAGUAACUAGGAAUACUAGCAGUCUUCCUCCAUCUAUGGAAGAAAUGGCAUGGGGUGCUGGCCGAGUCGAAGCACACACAUGCACUACCUGUGCUCACGUUAACAGAUUUCCUCGAUAUACAAAUGCUGAAAAACUACUAGACACCCGCCUUGGAAGAUGUGGUGAAUGGGCUGACUGUUUUACUCUUUGUUGUAGAGCUUUAGACUUUGAAGCCAGGUAUGUUAUGGAUUGGACAGAUCACGUAUGGACAGAAGUCUUUUCAGAAUCCCAGUCACGCUGGCUUCAUUGUGACCCUUGUGAAAACAUCUGUGAUAAACCUCUCCUUUACGAGUCAGGCUGGGGCAAGAAAUUAACUUACGUCAUUGCUGUUUCCUGUGACGAAAUUCAGGAUGUCACUUGGCGAUAUUCAGCUAAACAUAAUGAAGUAUUAGCAAGGCGAACCCUCUGCAGAGAGGCCUGGCUGCGUAGAACAAUUCACAACAUGUGGAAACAGAAACUACUCACAUUAACACCAGAAAGACAACAACAGUUGUGGCAUAGGCUUAUCUGUGAGCUCGCUGAGUUUGUCACAGUUAAAACCAACGAUUCAGAAAAUCUACCGGGUCGCUCAACAGGGUCAUUAGCCUGGAGACAAGCUCGUGGGGAGCUUGGAAAUGGUGCCAUUGCAGAUCCUGUUGUGCAGAAUAAUUUUAUCUUCUCCCCAAAAGAGGAUGAAAGAGAAUGUGAGAUGAUUCAUAUUGUUUACAGUUGUGCUGCAGAUAAAUAUAUACGCAAAUCAUCGAAGGAUGAGGAAUACCAGGGCUGGGGAGCCUGUGUUUACUCAUUCUCUUAUGUACUUCGCAAAGAGGAGUUUGACUGGAAGAUGGUUUAUUUAGCACGAGAAGAAGGCUCAGCUUCUGCAGAAAUUGUGUGGAAAUUUGAUCUCAGUGAUACUGAUCUAAGGAUUAGCAAAAUGGAAUUUAAAGCACAGAGCGCAGUCUAUGAGAAUGGAUCUGUGAGCUGGAGAAUCUGUGCCGGGGACAACUGUUUUGUACAGACUGGAGAGGCCUUGCAACAGUUCCAAAGUUUUGACUUGCAUGGCAGUCAGUCACUCUCUGUUACAGCAGUCAUGCAAGGGGGCCAAGGAGACAAUGCUUGGCAACACACACAGCUCUUUAGACAGCCUACCAAUGAUGUGAAUAACUACCCAUUUGAAAUAAAGUUAUUCUUAAACUAA